GCGAGAGGAGUACUAUCUGCACACGCCGGGAGCCUACCUCGUCCUGACUCCAAACCCCGGCCUUUCUCCAUCCCGACGUGGAGGCUGUUCCUCCACUGCGAGACGCAGCUGACGCCCGCUAAUCGGCUUUGGCUGCGCCCCUCCGGCUCGGGAGCCCAGUGGCGGCGGCGACCGUGACGAGAAGCCCACGAGCAAGCUCAGUUCUGUUCUACUUUGGGAAAGAGAGAGGAAGUCAGAUGCCCUUUUUAAACUCGCUCUUCAAAACUCAUCUCCUGGGUUACUGUUUUACAGAGUUAAUAUAAGAGUGGAGGCAACUUUGCUGAAGAUGAAGAUUAUACCAUAUUAGAAGAGUUUUUUUCUUUCAAAAGUCUUGAUUGUUCGGAGGCUUAUCUCCAGUUACUGCUUUUAAAUCAAGUCUGUUUGCUUCAUCAGAAAUGUUUUUUACAAUCUCAAGAAAAAAUAUGUCUCAGAAAUUGAGUUUACUGUUGCUUGUAUUUGGACUCAUUUGGGGAUUGAUGUUAUUGCAUUAUACUUUUCAACAACCAAGACAUCAAAGCAGCGUCAAGUUACGUGAACAAAUACUAGAUUUAAGCAAAAGAUACGUUAAAGCUCUAGCAGAGGAAAAUAAGAACACAGUGGAUGUUGAGAAUGGUGCUUCUAUGGCAGGAUAUGCGGAUCUGAAAAGAACAAUUGCCGUCCUUUUGGAUGAUAUUUUGCAACGCUUAGUGAAGCUGGAAAACAAAGUCGACUACAUGGUUGUGAAUGGCUCUGCCACCAACACAACCAAUGGUACUAGUGGGAAUUUGGUGCCAGUAACCACAAAUAAAAGGAUAAACGCAUCAGGCAGCAUUAGAUAGCAGUUGAAGAUCACCCUGUGCUGCUAUGUCCACCGUGGAUUAUAUCCUAUUGCAGAAAAGCUUUUGAAUUGCUGGCUAGGACAAAAGAAUUCUUUUAAAAAGCUCCAUGUGUUUUCAAGGAGUGUGCUGGAUUCAUGGAACUCUUAAUUCUGUAUAUAAAAAUUUAAAAUGUUAUUAGUUUGCUAUCAGGCAAGUCUCUUCAAUGCUGUAAUAUAUCCUUAAAGGGAAUUUGAUAACAUGGUUAAUGUAGUAUUAAGCGGAUAGGUGAUCUUGUAUAAAUCUUUUGAGUUUGAGGUGAAGCUGAAACAAAAACACUAAAGACAUAUUUGUUUCUAUAAAAUAUUUAUUUACGUAUGUAACUUGUUUUUUUCAGACAAGUGGAGAAUAUUGUUAUUGAUUCAUUCUGUCACUUGUUCUCAGUAGAUGUAACUGUUUGACUAAGGCUAUUAGAAAACACGUUUUACUUCCAGGACUAUAUUUUGUUACUAAGAUAUGAGCAGAGAAAGGAAGUAUAAUGUUGAAAAUGUUUUGAAAUCAUGACCCAAAGAAUGUCUUCAUUUGCACUAUCCUUCAAAAUAACUGAAGGUUAAUUAUUGUAUAUUUUUAAAAAUUACAUUUGUAAGAGUAUAAUAUUGAAAUGGGUAGCAGCCACUGUCCAUAAGCUAUUCUUAACAUUGGGGGCAACUUAAUAACAACAUUAAAAUAGUAUUCUUUAAUCACAUACUUAAAAUUUUCUUAUAUAUAUUCUAAAGAGUAAGAGAUAUUUUUAUGAUGAAAUUAAAAGUAACUAAAGUAUUCAUGAUUUUUCACAUACAUGAGUGUUGCUUUAAAAGUUCAAUCCCUUAGCUGGGUGCAGUGUCCCAUGACUGCAGUCCCAGUUGCUUAGGAGGCUGAGGCUGGAGGAUCAAGAGUACAAGGCUGGCCUGGGCAACAUAGUAAGACCCUGUCUAAACAAACAACAAACAAAACAAACAGCAUUUGACCCCUUAGUAUUUAUGUGACCGGGAUGCAUAUUAUUUCCACGUUUGGAUGAGUUUGCUUUUGUUAUGUUAGUGGGGAGGAGGAUACUCUUGAGGAUUUUAAUCAGAUAUGUAUAAUGAAGGUGUUUGUGCUACAUAACACUGCUUAGAAAAUGUUAAUAUUACUUGAUGUUAUAUAAGAGUAUCAUGCUUUAUGAAACCUUUUUGAUUAGGUUUUCAUUUAAUAUAAGACCACUUAAAAUAAUUAAGAAUAGUUAAGAUAUAUUUAAAUUAUAAAAAUUGGCUAUCCUUUCAGAUAUUGAAUACAGCACAAGAAAUACCAAUCUAGGGUAAUUUUAGUAUAGAAAGAAGUACACCUUUAUUUAAAUUUCCCUUGUAGCAAAUCUAAUUGCUAUAUGGUACCCUAUAUGUCAUAGUAUUUAUUCUCUAAAUACCUGCUGAAGUGCAGCUACCUUCUAGAUUGAAUUUAGUUUUAGAUAUUGUAUUCAUUAUUAUAAUGUGCUACCACAAAUAGUAGCAAUAAUUAUAAUAUUUUUGUUUGAGUAUGUGUGAGAAAAUAUUAUUUCAUGAAAGAUGAUUUCCAUAUUGUCUUUUCUGUACCUUUAUGUGAAGAAACUAAUUAUAUACAAUUGCCAGGUGAAGUGUGGAAUAAUUGUUCUCUCUGAUGAGAUGUGGACAUUUUUUUUUUGUUUGUUUGUUUUCAGGGAUGAAAUAAAAUAUAUUAUUUGUAUUUA